AUGCCACCCGCUAAUCAGAUACCCAGCCCCGGUCAACCGUUCCCACUAUCCACAGAUCGGGAAGUGUCCUCGAUUCCGAAAGCUGGCGAUUCCGAGCAGGGAAAAUGGGUUUAUCCGUCUCCACAAAUGUUCUGGAACGCAAUGCUACGCAAAGGUUGGCGAUGGCGGGACGAGGAUAUCUCACCGAAUGACAUGGAACAUAUCAUUCGUAUUCACAAUCUGAACAACGAGAUUGCUUGGCGAGAGAUUCUCAAAUGGGAAGCUUUGCAUGCGAAUUAUGAGUUGCCGUUUGAUCGCCAUGACUGGAUUGUGGAUCGUUGUGGUCGAGACGUACGUUAUGUGAUUGACUAUUACGACGGUGGAUCAGUGAACGAACACGGACAGUUUGCCCUGCUGGAUGUGAGACCUGCCCUGGACUCAUUUGAAGCCUGUUGGGAUCGAGCCCGAGUAGCGUGGAUGCGAUUCAAAUCACCCGAACCACCCCGGCCCACUAGUCCGGAAGAUCCACACUUUCCGAGAACUCAGUCUUCAUCCGCAUCCUCACCGGAUGGUUGCUAA